AAGUUGGCUGGGUACCCAAACCGUGAAUUAUUAGUCUACUGUAUAAACCAGUGAAGUUCGGAAUAAUCGGAGAUUUGAACGACUGUGUUCGGUUAUUUUAUCAAUUUUAAACUCAGUGAUUGGCCCAAGAACUCUUCCUCGCAGACUGAUCUAUAUUGAAAACGUGAAAAUCUAAGAAAUUGACAAUUUGCGACCGACAUAGUCCAUUGCAUGACUAUCAUAUCGCAAUUACAGAUAUCAUAGGAUACAGUGAAAUACAAAAGAUAUGGACCCUUUUCACCACAACACGUGUAACUGCAAUUGCGGAUCAAUGGUGGGGCAGCCUAAAAGUAUUCACCUUGUCCAUGUUUUAACCGUUACGGUUUUUGCCGUUAAACGAAACGAAGUGAUUGUUCCAAUGCGUCGCACGCCAUCUACGGAAUUGAUUGAGGUUUCGUCGGAAUAUUCAGAGGAUUCCAACUCUGAGCCCGAUGUGGACUUGGAAAAUCAAUAUUACAACAGUAAAGCACUCAAGGAAGAUGAUCCUAAGGCGGCGUUGCAAAGCUUUCAGAAGGUACUGGACCUGGAAGGUGGCGAUAAAGGAGAAUGGGGAUUCAAGGCGCUCAAACAAAUGAUCAAAAUCAACUUCAAACUGUUGAACUACAAGGAAAUGAUGACUCGAUACAAGCAGCUCUUAACAUAUAUUAAAAGUGCAGUAACGAGAAAUCAUUCAGAAAAAUCAAUCAACUCGAUUCUGGAUUAUAUCAGCACUUCAAAAAACAUGGAAUUAUUGCAAGACUUUUACGAGACAACUCUAGACGCACUAAAAGAUGCGAAAAAUGACAGGCUCUGGUUCAAAACGAACACAAAACUUGGGAAGCUAUAUUUCGAUCGAUCAGAUUUUAACAAAUUGGCAAAAAUACUGAAACAGCUUCAUCAGAGUUGUCAGGUAGGUAUUACCGAUGACGGAGAGGAUGAUCUCAAAAAAGGUACACAAUUACUCGAAAUUUACGCUCUCGAAAUCCAAAUGUAUACGGCACAGAAAAAUAACAAAAAACUCAAAGCUCUAUAUGAACAAAGUCUCCACAUCAAAAGUGCCAUUCCGCAUCCGCUCAUCAUGGGAGUAAUCAGAGAAUGCGGGGGUAAAAUGCACCUCAGAGAAGGAGAAUUCGAGCGGGCUCAUACUGAUUUCUUCGAAGCGUUUAAAAACUACGACGAAUCCGGUUCCCCGAGGCGUACGACGUGUUUGAAGUAUCUGGUUUUGGCUAACAUGUUGAUGAAGUCUGGUAUAAAUCCGUUCGACUCUCAAGAGGCAAAACCCUACAAAAACGACCCAGAAAUACUCGCAAUGACUAAUCUGGUCGUCAGUUAUCAAAACAAUGACAUCAACCAAUUUGAGUCCAUUCUAAAGCAAAAUAGAAACAACAUAAUGGACGAUCCCUUCAUUCGUGAACACAUUGAAGACCUUCUGCGCAAUAUUAGAACCCAGGUGCUUAUUAAGCUUAUCAAACCGUAUACAAGAAUCCACAUACCCUUCAUCAGUAAAGAAUUGAAUAUCGACGUUUCCGAGGUCGAGAGUCUGCUGGUUUCCUGUAUUUUAGAUAGCACAGUACGCGGUCGCAUUGAUCAGGUGAACCAAGUCCUCGAAUUAGAUAAAAAAUCCGUCUGCGGCGCGCGUUAUACCGCUCUAGACAAAUGGACGAAUCAAUUACAAUCAUUGCACGUAGCCGUCGCUAAUAGAAUGUCGUAAAUAAAUGCAAUUACAGCGAAUCGUCCGUGAUACGUUGUGAAUGAUUCAACGAAAAUAUUGUACCAUGGUAAUAACGCAUAUAAUUAUAUAUUUGUCAUUAAUCUUCUACAAUAACAUUGCAAGCUGCAUUCGAUAUCGAUAAAGAUAGUUUCGAAUAAAAUUUAACGUGAUAUUU